GUAAAAAUGUGUCAAAAACUAGUAAAAAUACCUUCGCAAAUGGUUCCCACGUUUUCCUCUUCCCCUUCAAAUUCUCCAUUGCUUUCUUUCUCUCUCAUCUCUUUCCCCAGAAACCAUGCCUUUGACACACUUUUUGAAUCAAAUUCCCCAAUCGUGAAUUCAAUUUAGGUGUAAUCCAAUUGCAAUUGUUAAGAUAUGUGGAGUUGUUGAUUUCUUUCAAACUCCAUAUAUCUCUCAGAAAAUUUGAUUCAUUUUUAGAAUAAUUUUAAACCCGUGGGUGUAAUACGAUUGAAUGAUUUCAUGAUCCUUGAACAAGUUGAUGUUAAAAGUUUGCAUCUCUUUUAUUUUUUUUGAGAAUUGAUGGGAGGGUUAAGGGAUUUUGGUAGUGUAAUGCAUUAUUCCGAUUUUGGGUUUUGAAAGGAACCAAAAGCAUGGGGUGUUUUUCAUCAAAAGAAAAAAGAAGCUCAAGGAGACACGGAGCUGGAGGUCAAAGAGGGAGAGGCCCGAUUGUACCCAAUUCACCUCCUCGUGUAUCUCAGCCUCCGUCAGUGAACCAACGAAGGGUUGAAGCAGAAGCCAAGCCUGUUUCUCCCCAAAAGAGAACAAGCAAUGAAGUAGCUAACAACCAACCUCCGACCAAAUCAGCAGCUGGAAACAAUAAUAUUGCAGCUCAAACUUUCACUUUCCGGGAGUUGGCUGCUGUCACCAGGAACUUCCGGCAAGACUCCCUCAUUGGUGAAGGUGGAUUCGGCCGAGUUUACAAGGGAAAACUCGCUAAAACAGGCCAGGAAGUCGCCGUGAAGCAAUUGGAUCGCAACGGGUUGCAAGGAAACCGUGAAUUUCUAGUGGAGGUUUUGAUGUUGAGCCUUCUUCAUCAUCCGAAUUUAGUAAAUCUAAUAGGAUACUGUGCAGACGGCGAUCAAAGACUUCUAGUCUACGAAUAUAUGUCUGCGGGAUCGCUGGAAGAUCAUCUACUCGAUCUUCCGCGAGGGAAAGCGCCUCUUCCUUGGUACACGAGGAUGAAAAUCGCAUUAGACGCUGCAAAAGGUCUAGAAUAUUUGCACGACAAGGCUAACCCUCCCGUUAUCUACCGUGACUUGAAGUCUUCCAACAUCUUGCUUGAUCAAGACUUCAAUGCCAAGCUCUCGGAUUUUGGGCUAGCAAAACUUGGACCCGUUGGGGAUAAAACACAUGUGUCAUCACGAGUGAUGGGAACUUACGGAUACUGUGCGCCUGAGUAUCAACGAACAGGUCAAUUAACUGUCAAAUCUGAUGUCUAUAGUUUUGGAGUUGUUCUGUUGGAACUCAUCACCGGAAAAAGAGCCAUCGAUCCCACAAGGAAAAACGAACAACAAAAUCUUGUUUGUUGGGCGGAACCAAUUUUCACGGAUCCACAGAGGCUAAAGGAACUGGCGGAUCCAUUAUUGAAAGGAAACCAUCCGGCGAAAGGUUUCAACCAGGCAGUAGCCGUCGCAGGCAUGUGUGUCAACAACGACGCGUCGGUGCGCCCUUUGAUCAGCGACGUAGUCACUGCGCUUACUUUUCUCGGAGAGGGAAACGACGACAACAAAAUAGAACUAAUCGAUUCUCCAAGUCCAACCGAAGCAUCUCGACCUUCAUCUAAUAAAAUAAAAGCAUCCGCUAGUGAUCGGGAAAAAGCAGUAGCGGAAGCCAUGGAAUGGGGUACGAGUUCAAGACCAGGUGGUGGAAAGAAACCGAGGGCUUCAAGAUCAACGCGUUAGAUCUUCAAACAUAAAUUUCAGUUGUUUGAGUCGGUUUUUGAUUGUGAAUAUGUAUACUGAUUUAUUAACCAAAAAGGGAAACAUACUUUCAAAUCAAUUUUGUUAAAUUAAAAACGUCCACGAAAUAUUCAAAACGUACAUUUUAUUUGUGAAGAAUUGGGGAACCUGAGUUUCAGCUCUGUGCAGCAUUCAUAUGGAUGUGCCCAUAUUUUUGCAUGACCUUCUUAGUUGCAAGAGCUGCCGCCUCACUUGCACGAAAUGCUCCAGUCGCCAUGAUUGC